AUGAACGUUUCCCAUUGCACCAUCCUCCUCAGUCUAACCUUCUUCCUUUUCCUACCUUCUUCCAAACCACUUUCUGAUUAUACCACAUUAGUCUACAAAACCUGUGCAACCCAAACCUUCAACCACCCAUUAUCUCAAACACUCGACUCUCUAUUCCAACAACUCAUCGCACAAUCCUUCCAACACAAGUUCUUCAGAACCACCGAAGCCGGUAGCGACGACACGGUCAUCUCAGGCCUUUUCCAAUGCAGAGAUGAUAUCAGCAAAGAAGAAUGCUUCAGCUGCGUGAGCUUGCUACCUCAGAUGUCAAACACCUUGUGCAGUGAUUCCAUAUCAGCACGGGUACAACUUGACGGCUGCUACUUUCGCUACGAGACCGAGGAAGCAACCGGCGAAUUGAGAAGUAACGGUUUGCUUCACAAAGAGUGUGGGAACCCAGUUGUGGAGUAUGGGAAUUUCAAAGAGUUGAUGAAGGAGGCUUUUGCGACACUGGAAAGUGGGAUUCUGAACAGUAAUGGGUUCUACACAGUGAAUUAUAAAUCCGUGAAAAUAAUGGCGCAGUGUGAAAGAGAUUCAGAAACUUGUGAUUGUAGCAAUUGUGUGAGCGAUGCAGUGGUGGUUGCUAAGGAAGAAUGUGGCAGUUCCCUUUGGGCUCAAAUAUAUAUUGACAAGUGUUUCAUAAGCUAUGGCAUUAACACUGUCCCAGGGGCAAGAAGAAAUGGAAACACGGAAAAGUUAGCUGCAAUAAUCGUUGGAGGGAUAGCUGCUGUGUUUCUGGGUUUUGCUUUGUUAUCAAUGGUUAGCUCUCGGUUUAGAAAAGACGAUUAUGAAUAG